AUGCACAAAGAAGUGAUCAAAAUCACAUUGGGAUGCGUCACGGCGGGUUACCCUCGAACGAGCUCCGAGAGCCCAGCGGCCCGCGGGUCCGCGAGCGCCGGCCCGGCUCACCCGCGCCGCCCUCCCGGCCUCACUCGGUCCCCGCGGCUCAGACUAGGCGCGCCCCCAAUCCGCCCCGCCCCGCCCCGCUCUGCUCCGGCGGCGCCCCCGGCCGCGCACACCCGCUCCCCGCCCGCUCGCUCGCACACGCGCCACGGCCCCGCCAUGUUCCGGGAGCGGCACGGCCGUCCGCCUGGCCCCCGCCCCCCGGUCCCCGCCCGGCCGCUCCCGCCGCACCCCUGCCCCGGCGCUCCUAGCGGACGGCCCGUCCUGUCAGCGCGGCGGGGCGGGGCCCGUCCUUACCUUGCUCUGGGGAGGGGACGGGAGCGGGCGCGACUGAGGGGCUCCUCCCGGGCUCCGGGGCCGGGGCUCGAAACCGCGCCCCUCCUUCCUCCUCGCCUGUCGCCACGCCCCCCUCUCCCGCACGGACCCCAGGCACGGCCGGCGCGGGAGGGUCUACCCCCGGGACGAAGGCCUCGGCGCCGCCGUCGCUGUCGUGCUCUCCACCACCGCCGCCGCAACCGCCGCGAACGCCGCCGAGGCCGGGCUCGAAAACAUCUCCGGUCUCCGCCGUCCCUCACCACAGCCUGCUCGCUCCCAGGACGGCGCCGCCCGGCGAUUGGCCGCGGCGCGGGCACGUGA